GAAAAAGAUGGCGACCGUUGUGUGGUGUGUGUGAUAAUUAAAAAGGCUUUUUUUUCGUUGAAACACACAUUCAAGAAUUCGAGGAGAAAUAUUGUGUGUUGAUGCAAAAUGUAAUUAAAUUGUGCAAGAUGGGAUUUUUAUUAUUACAAGUGAUUGUUUCUGUUUUGUAAUAAAAUUUGACAUAUAAGUGUCGUUUGUUUACCACGUCGGUCUUGUGUAACAUAUCCAUCACAACGGGAAGCCGCGAGUACGAAAAAGGGACGAAAAGCUCCCCCUCAUCCCCCUUUUUCAUUCAAGUUUUUUGAAAAGAGACUGGAGAACAAGUGUAACCGGACUUUAGCCCGGUGAAAAGAGACUGGUAGAAAUGCUGAAACAAUUGCAAAUGGGGAUGAGAGCUUUUCUUUUGAUAGCCUCCCGUGUGUGGACAUGCAUCUGUUUUCUACUCAAGAAGCAGGUUAGAUCCAUUUCUCAAAUGCAACCAGUGAAAUAUGAGAUCUUCCCAUUGUCUCCAUUAUCCAGGCAUAGACUUAGUAUAGUGAAAAGGAAAGUUUUGGUUCUUGACUUGGAUGAGACACUUAUUCAUUCUCAUCACGAUGGAGUAGCAAGACCAACAGUGAGACCUGGCACACCACCUGAUUUUGUUCUUAAAGUAAAAAUUGAUCGACAUCCGGUUCGAUUUUUUGUACACAAAAGACCACAUGUUGACUUCUUCUUGGAUAUUGUCAGCCAGUGGUAUGAAUUGGUAGUAUUUACAGCUUCCAUGGAAAUUUAUGGAGCCGCUGUUGCUGAUAAAUUAGACAACAAUAGAGGUAUUUUAAGGCGCCGAUAUUAUAGACAGCAUUGCACGCCAGAAAUGGGUUUCUACACUAAGGAUUUAGCUGCAAUUUGUUCAGACUUAGCUUCAGUUUUUAUACUUGAUAAUAGUCCAGGAGCAUACAGAGCAUAUCCAAAUAACGCGAUUCCUAUAAAAUCGUGGUUCAGUGAUGCUAGCGAUACGGCGCUUCUUAGUUUACUUCCUGUUCUGGACGCCCUUCGUUUCACGCAAGACGUGCGAUCUGUACUAUCGAGAAAUCUACAUUUACAUCAUACGUGGUAGCAUAUUCAUCAUCCUUUGUUUUAAUACAAAAAAAAUAGAGGUAAACCGCUAACAAUUUAGUGUGUCUAGGACAGAUUCAUUUGUUGUUAUUAAAACUAGAUAUAUUAGAAUGCUAUCCAAUAAUAAGACGGAGCCCUCUGUUUUACACUUAUUUUUUCAAUAACCGUUAUAAACGGAUAUUCUAUUUAAAUGAAAACAUAAAGAAAAAAAGCAGUAAACCUAAGGGACCGUUAGCCAAUAUUUACGUCAGCACAAAAUUACAUAACUUUGAUUUUUUUUUUAAUUUAGUUAAUUUUUGUUUUUUUUUCUGAUUUAUUCAAAUUUUAAAUUAGCCAAAGAACAGAAUUUCGACCAAUUUUCACGAUUUGUCCGUAUUUAUAUUUUGUUUGCAGUAAACAGUACUUUUCAUUAAAAAAAAGCCUAUCACUGCGAAAAAUACGGAACUUAACUAAUUAUCGUGAGUCGAAAAUAAUGUCAAUAGUAGGGAAAAAAAAAAAAUAAAAAAUUUUUUUUUAAGAGUGUGCGUCAAAAAAAUAACUUUCAGCAAAGGAUGUUGAGUUUAAUUGCAGAUGUAAAUGUAAAAAAUAAUUUUUUUUUCUUUAUAAAAUUGUGUAAUCUUUUUUUUUUUUUUACUUUUCUUUAUUUAACAACAAUUUGUAAAUAAUUGGCAAAUUUGACAAAUUCGUUUGUAAAUUGAUUUGUCCAUUAAAUUUAAUAAGUAAUAUCAUUUUUCAAUUUCUAUAAUAAUUGAUAAAUAGUUUUGAUAAAAUUGAUAAUUAACAGAGUUUUGUUAAAUUGAUGAUGCAUUUUUGCAUAAAUGUGAGAAAAAACUAUUGUUGCAAAAGAAAAUUUCAAUAAUUUUGACUUGUCAUGAAUUUUGAAUGAAUUAUGGAGAAUUUAGUAAUUUAUAUAAACAGUUUAUUUAAAAAAUUAAUAUUAAUUGAUUUAUUUUCUUUUUCAAUCUAGCGUGUCUUUUUUUUCACGUUCAUAUUUCAAGUAACUCUGAAAACAAUUUUGACGCACUCUCUAGUUUCAAUUAACAACAAAUUAAAUUUUUCCUCCCCGCUAAUAUCGUCCGACAUUAGUUGAUAAAAAAAAAAAAACUCCGUUGUUAUGUAUACUAUUGACUUUUUAAGAUGGCUAAGAAAAAAAAAGUGCUAAAAUAAGCCUGCGCGAAUACAAAAUAAAAUUUCGUGCAUUUUUUUUACGAUCUCUCGAAGCAAUGCACUCGAAUUUUUUCAUAAAUGCGAAAUCUCAAGUAAUCGAAAUAAUUCGGUUUAAUGGAUUUUUUUUCCAUUGUUUAUUCAGUAAAAGUUUCGCUUUAGAACUUAAAUCGUGUUUUGACAAUUCUUUAAACAGAAGUUUCAUGAGCAAAAAUAAUUCAUUAAUAAUUAUAAUUUAUAAUUAAUUAAAA